AUGGCAGAGCCCCUGGGCGGGCUGAAGGACACCUGCGUCUCCCUGGGUCUCAUGGUGGCCACCGUGGUCCUGGUGAGCCUGCUGCUGGUGGGCACCCUGCAGGGCCUCUCGGGCUCGGACACCUGCCACCACCACCCUCGGACCCACCUGCCCCUCAGGACCUUCCUCCUGGAGCUGCUGGCCACCUUCCAGCUGUGCGCCUGCACCCACGAGCUCACCGUCAAGGUUCAAAUCGACCCUUCACCCCACUUCGGCCUGACGCUCACCUACUUCUUCACGCUGGUCCACGGGCUGAUCCUGGCCGGCUCCUUCUGCAACCCGUGCGCCGUGCUGGAGAAGAUGGCCAUGGAGCGGCUGGCCGCGUCGAGGGGCGUCCUGAAGAUCUUGGCCCAGCUGGCCGGGGCCCUACUGGCCCGGGCUUACGUGCUCUCCGUCAGGAGCUUCAGUCUCAUCGAGCAGCACCGCGUCAACCGGUACCGGCCCUGCCGGAACCCCCUGAACGCCGACGUGCCCAAGGCCUGCCUGGUGGAGGCCAUCUGCUCCUUCAUCUACCACAGCGCCGUCAUCCAGUUCAAGGACGUCCGGCCCAAGCUGAGCAUCCAACUGUUGGCCGCCCUCAUCACCUUCCUGGUCUUCGCAGGUCGGUUGGAGCCGCCGCCACCGCUGCCCCCUCCUGCCCAGGGGCCUGGGCCACCGAGGCCGGACGGGCAGACCGCCCCAACCGGCCCCUGA